CGGAAGUUUGUGUCUUUAGCGCAGCUCCGCCGCCUCCGCAGAUGACACACGCAAAGGAGGAGGUGACAGGGAUUAGACCAGAGGCUCAUCAAUAAACGAUCAUAUCAGAAAAAUGGGAAAUACGGACUCGAAGCUGAAUUUCAGGAAGGCGGUGAUACAGCUGACCACAAAAACACAGCCCGUGGAAGCCACGGAUGACGCGUUCUGGGAUCAGUUCUGGGCUGAUACUGCUACCACCGUGCAGGAUGUGUUUGCCCUGCUGCCCGCCGCCGAGAUCCGAGCCGUCCGGGAGGAAUCCCCCUCCAAUCUGGCAACACUGUGUUACAAGGCGGUGGAGAAGUUGGUUCAGGGAGCCGAGUCCGGUUGCCCCACAGAGAAGGAGAAGCAGAUCGUGCUGAACUGCGCUCGUAUGCUCUCUCGAAUCCUGCCCUACAUCUUUGAGGACCAGGACUGGAGAGGCUUCUUCUGGUCCACCAUCCCUGGCGCUGGCAGAGCGGGGAUGGAUGAUAUGGAGGAAGAAGAUGAAGGCGCCCGUCCGCUGGCAGAGUCUCUUUUAUUGGCUGUGGCUGACUUGCUCUUCUGUCCAGACUUCACUGUUCAGAGCCACAAGAAAGGAAGACCUGACUCGGUUGAAGACAUGCAGUCGCUGGACAGCUGUGAAUACAUCUGGGAGGCUGGAGUGGGUUUCGCUCAGUCGCCCCCUCUCAACUACAUCCACGAUAUCAACAGGACUGAGCUGUUGAGGUUACUGCUCACCUGUUUCUCAGAGGCCAUGUAUCUGCCGCCAACAUCUGAUAACAGUAUUCUCAACCCCUGGGUCACCUUCUUCUGUUCCACUGAAAACAGACACGCUCUGCCUCUCUUCACCUCCCUGCUGAACGUGGUGUGCGCAUAUGACCCGGUGGGCUACGGGAUCCCCUACAACCACCUGCUCUUCUCUGACUACCGUGAGCAGCUGGUGGAGCAGGCCGUGCAGAUCCUCAUAGUGACUCUGGAGCACGAGGGCGGACAGCCGUACCGCCCACCCUCCCCCUCCAGCAUGGAAGACCAGGAUUCUGUUGGUCCAAAUAACCUGUUUGUGAAUUACCUGUCCAGAAUUCACAGGGAGGAGGAUUACGACUUUGUGUUGAAAGGUUUGGCACGCCUGCUGACCAACCCACUCACUCAAACAUACCUGCCCAACUCAACCAAAAAGAUCCAGUUUCACCAGGAACUGCUGGUCCUCUUCUGGAAACUCUGUGACUUCAACAAAAAAUUCCUGUUCUUUGUGCUGAAGAGCAGCGAUGUGUUGGACAUAUUAGUGCCUAUCCUGUUUUACCUGAACGAUGCCCGAGCCGAUCAAUCACGGGUCGGCCUCAUGCACAUCGGCGUCUUCAUUCUGCUGCUUCUGAGCGGAGAGAGGAACUUCGGUGUGCGUCUGAACAAGCCGUACUCGCUUCAUGUCCCUAUGGACAUCCCUGUGUUCACGGGCACACACGCCGACCUGCUCAUCGUGGUUUUCCACAAGAUAAUAACCAGUGGCCAUCAGCGUUUACAGCCUCUCUAUGACUGCCUGCUCACUAUUGUGGUGAAUGUGUCUCCCUACCUGAAGAGUCUUUCCAUGGUUGCGGCCAACAAGCUCCUUCAUCUCUUGGAGGCGUUCUCCACCAACUGGUUCCUGUUUUCUGCACCUCAGAACCACCAUCUGGUCUUCUUCCUGCUGGAGGCCUUCAAUAACAUCAUUCAGUACCAGUUCGAUGGUAACUGUAAUUUGGUGUACGCCAUCAUUCGGAAGCGCAACGUCUUCCAUCAACUGGCCAACCUGCCCUCCGACCCCAGCACCAUUCAGAAGGCCUUGCAGAGGAAGAGGAAAUCUCCAGACGCUAUUUCUCGCACCAGCUCGCAGGAGACGGUGUCCAUGGAGGGCUCACGGCCGGCUGUGCCUGCUGAGCCCGGCACUCUGAAGACCAGUCUGGUGGCCAUGCCAGGCAUCGAUAAACUGACGGAGAAGUCCCAGGUUUCAGAAGACGGUACUAUGGUAGCUGUGCCACUGACCGAACCCCCACAAACCCCUGAACACAGCGCUGCGGCUGGAACCAGCGACACAGAGUCCAUCUCAGGAAGAGAAAAUGAGGAUGUCUUCUACACUGAGGCAGAGAUGGCAAGGAGACGUCUGUCCAGCUCAUCAUCGUCUGCCAUCAGCCACUGGAAUCCUAAGCCAGACUGGGUCCUGUCCUGGAAGAGCAAACUCCCACUGCAGACCAUCAUGCGCUUGUUGCAAGUUCUGGUGCCACAGGUGGAAAAAAUCUGCAUUGACAAGGGUCUAACGGAUGAAUCAGAGAUCCUGAAGUUUCUUCAGCACGGCACUCUAGUGGGUCUGCUGCCUGUGCCCCAUCCCAUUCUUAUCAGGAAAUACCAGGCCAAUGCAGGAACCGCCAUGUGGUUUCGCACGUACAUGUGGGGAGUCAUUUACCUGCGUAAUGUGGAUCCGCCCAUCUGGUACGACACCGACGUGCGUCUCUUUGAGAUCCAGAGGAUGUAAGAAUGAGCUGUAACCUGUUGGUCCCUGAGAACCCUCAGACUUCAUCUUGCCUUGUCAUUUUGCUUUAUCCCAUUCAUAGACUGUGAGACUCCACGAGAAGUGCCCAUAGCUGCCGGUCGGCCUAUCGGUGGUCUGUUUGCUCUGGCUGGUGUACAGAUGAUAAAGUGUCUAAAUAUAAACCAUGCACUCUGAUAGUAAAAGCAUACUGUGGUCAGCAGCUUAGGCAGCCCAGACAUGUGAAAUUCUCUCACUGUGGUUUUUAUAGGAACAAGGUGCUUGUUAUAAGAAGGAAUACUAUUUAUAGUAUCGAAAACCUUGUGAAAAAUUUCUAAGAAGUUGUUAGAUUAGAAGAAUUGACAAAAGACCUCUAGAUUGUAUUAUCACCACAAGAGGGCGAUCUUGCAAAAUCCUCUUUUUUGUUAUCAGUAAGAACAUGUGUUUACAUGGAUACUCCCAAAUUUCACUAUAGUCAGGUAUCAAGAAUAACUGGAAGGAAAAUGAACAGAAAAUCAAAAGCUGGUUUAGAUUAAUUCACCAGUAUUCAUAUACAUCGGGAAAAUGUACAAAAAAAAAAAAGUUGUUUCCAAAGUAUUAUAUAUUGCAGUUGUUUGAUGGUAUAGCCAACCAAUAUCUCUAUUUUUGUCUGCAUAUCAGUUUUGCUAAUGAGAUACUGUAAAUACGGCUUGAUGUUUAAAGUAGAAAAGCUGUCUACGUAUAUGAAAAAUAUGAAACUAUCCAAUGUUGUCAAAACGGCGAAAUGAUUAGCUUAUGGUUACUGAAUUUCUGCAUAUUGUUUAAAAUGCCGAUGACUGUAAACAAUGUUUUUCUUCAUUUGUGGCAGUAUUUAUAAGAGAGCUUGUGAAACAGGUCAAGACAUUGCGUUUGUAUAUGUAUUUUAAUGUUUGUGCAUUUGUGCAAAAAUUGUCCAAAUAUAUUGAGAGGAUAUAG